CGCCACUAAAGUUCUGUUAAACGUCAACGUGUGGGCCUAAUGAAUAUUGAGAUUCGAGCGUAGGUUUAUCUCAAAGUAAAGGUGAAACUGGUUCGAUAGCUAAACAAUCGCCGUUUGUGACACCGGCCCGCUGGAAUAUUGAGGAGAGACUGACUGCAUGCUUAAGAUACAAUGGCAUGCAUUUAACGCUGAAUAAAUCUUCGCCUGUGCAUUCAUUUAACACUAAAUUUAACUUCUUCCUUUAUAAAGACAGUAUUAAUUGCUGAAAAGAAAUGGCGUGUAAACUAAGAAAGUUGAGCAGUGUGACAUUACUGCUGGUUCUACUUUUCACCGUUGUGCUGGAUGAAGUAGCAGGUCGUGAUGAAAAACCCGGAGAUGUAGCGUCGGCGGUCAAAUCAUUGGGAAAGUCAUCGUCGGAAUCCAAAGAGAAGUUUGAUAAUGAAAGUUCAGAUGAAGGAUCUUUAUUUGGCACUCUAAGAAAAGCCAGAGGAAAUGCUGGAUUUAUUCAUGCAUUUGUGGCAUCAUUGUCUGUGAUUAUCGUGUCAGAACUCGGGGACAAGACCUUCUUUAUUGCAGCCAUUAUGGCCAUGCGACAUUCAAGAGUGACCGUCUUUUCUGGUGCAGUCGGAGCGUUAGGAUUGAUGACAGUUCUAUCAGCUAUCCUUGGAUUCGCUACAACUAUCAUUCCAAAAUAUGUUACCCACUAUGCCUCAUCAUUAUUGUUUGCUGUAUUUGGAAUCAAAAUGCUGAAAGAAGGCUAUGAGAUGUCUGCCGAUGAAGGUCAGCAUGAAUAUGACGAAGUACAAGCAGAUCUUAAGAAAAGGGAUGACGAGCGACUGAAACAGAGUUCUGGGGUACAGGAUAUAGAGACUGGCAUCAUACGCACACCAGGGCGAAAUCUUUGCUACGGAAUAUUAGGAACAAUUUUUCUUCAAGCCUUUACAUUAACAUUUUUGGCUGAAUGGGGGGAUCGGUCUCAGAUUGCUACCAUAAUUUUAGGAGCAAGAGAGGAUGUGUGGGGUGUCAUCAUAGGAGGCACUUUAGGCCACGCAUUGUGUACUGGAUUAGCUGUAUUGGGAGGACGAAUAGUUGCUCAGAAAAUAUCAGUCCGUACCGUGACUUUGACAGGAGGUGUAGUGUUCCUCGUUUUUGCACUGUCAGCCUUUGCCGUCGGACCAUACUGACCAUGGAGCAGCUUUUAUAGGAGGACUAUAACAAAUGGAAAGACUUGAGAUUUUUAUUUAUUUUUAUACUAGUACAUUGUAUCUUGAAACCAUGGUGACAGAGAAAUGUGAUAUGGAAAUACUCUUGCUGUUACUGCUAAUGUGAAAAUACAAAAUUAUUAUGUAAAUACCUCUUACUAAGGAUAUUGGUUUCAAUCAUUACUUAAAAUAUUAAGAUACUGUGUUAAAGAAUAUAUGGAUUUUUUUUGCCAUAUUGCAUUUUGAUAGAAAGAUUCUUGAAAAUUAUGCUGGAAAGAUACAAAAUUUUAUAGGAUAUGAUGUUUACAAUAAUGAAGGUUAAUGCGUGAAAAUAUUAACCUUGUAAACUGGACCCGAGCUACACCUACCUGUAAUUCUUUACUUUAUUCUUGCUUUCAAUAAUCAAAAAUAAUUCAUAAAUUUUUCUUUACCUUUACUUCAGUAUUUUCCCUUAAAAAACAAUUUCCAAGCACAUAAUUUAUGUGAUGCUUUUAUCAUGCUUUACUUGCGAUUUUAGCGAUGAUAAUCACUCGAUAUGGCCUUUAUUUCAGAAAAAAUAAUUGCAUGGGUAAAGUGUGUCACUACACGAUGCGAAAUUUAUCAAAAAUACAGCUGGUUUUCAAUUUUGUGGAUUGAUUACAUAAGUUAUGGUGGCAUUAAUGACCAGCUAACCUUUCAAGCUUUUAUAAAUAUUUUUGUGUCAAUAGAAUAUGUUCAACUGAAUUAUUUUAGCAAAAUUGUCAUUGAAACUGAUAGUACUUUUAUGUUCUAAUUUAUGAACAUUGCUAACUUUCUUUUGGAUGUUACUGGCAUCUUUCUACAGGGUUGAUGUUUAACUCAUUCACCCCAGAAGACACAUUGAACUCUUCCAAUUCAAAGAUUGAAAUAGUUCAUUAUGAAAUUUCAGGGGGGAAUGAGUUAAGCUGUGUAAAUACUUCUGACAUUUAAGUUAAAUUUGUCAGUACAGACAGUGUGAUAGCACAUGAUCAUUUUGACUAUCAAUAAUCCCCAGAGAUUACAGUGAUGUUAUCCUUUAAAAAUCUCCACAUUUACAUAGCUUUACAAGUAUUCGAAUCAUGAUAUCAUUGCUUUUCAUUUGAAAUUUAUGCAGUAAUAAUCAGCUUUCCAUCAAAGUUUCACAUCAAUUCAUUGAUCGUGCAUGACCAAUGUAAAAAUUAUUGCAGAAGUGUACAAUUUCAUAUUUGGAGUGCCUGGCACUAGCUUGCAGGGUUGUGCAAUUUCAUAUGUAGAGAACUAGCCUGCAGACAGAUUUUGAAAAAAUCAACUAGUCCAACCAUAAAAUUUCAUAGAAAAGCCAUGACAUAAAUCCUACUAGUUCAAGGCACUAGACUAGGACACCCGGUAUUAGAAUACAGACAUGAUGUAGGUCUGAUACAGUAAGAAAGGUUGUAAAUAUUUUCAUUUUAGUUACAUGAUUUAGAAAAUAUAAUCUACACAGUCAUAUAACAUAAAAACAUGUAUUACUACAUUUUUUGGAGAUAAUGAGUAGAAAAUUCCUGUUUCCUAAAGGGGUUGUGAGGAUACACAGCCAAAACUAGUGGUAAAUAAGAUUUGUUUGUAUUAAUAUGUAAACAGAAUGGAAUUGGUUUCAAGUACACAGGUUUUAUGUGGACUAGGAGAAUAAAUUGGGGUCAUAUGUCUUAUACUCGGGUCACAAGUGGUAUAUCCUGGACUUGAAAAUAUCAAACCACAUUGGUGUAGAACCACCUGGGUGGAAUUUAUCAAUCUUAAACAUUCCUCUUUAAUCAACUCAAAAGCCAAGGGUUCUGCUCUAGAUAUACCUACCUAUGUAUGAUUACUCUCCACUCUGGUAAUAUAAAAUGACAAAAAUAAACAUCCUUUGUAUAACAACUUACUGGUCAUACAAGUUGUCUGAUUUCUCAGAAGAGAAAUUGUGCAGCGGUGUAAUGAUAAAAUCAACAAGCUUUAAGAUUGUGUGUAUCUCCUCUGUUGUCUUCAAACGACAAGUAUCAGCCUAGCAGUUGAUCAGGGUUUUUAUACCUGAAACCAAUCAAAUACCAAAAGCCUUAAAUUUUGUUAUGACAUAUUCAAAGCGUGCUGAGGAAUAAUGCGUAUUUGGAGAAUAACCCUUGGGUUUCGAAAACGCCCUAUGGUAAGUGAGAAAGUAAUUUCUAGAUCUCGUAUAGAAUGUCUCUGUUUUUGUGUAAGAAUUUAUCAAACUUUUAUGUAUCAAAUCAGGUUUUAUGUGUCAAAUCAGGUAAUAGAAGUGGUUGACAGCAAGCAGAGGUUAGAUUUACGACACAAACGUAACAUACAUUGUAUGCUGACCUGAAAGUCUUCCAUUCUUGUGGCUUUCAAUUUAAUUAGUUUGCUGUGUCUUUUAUUGGGUUUGACAUUGGCUUUCAAAUCAAGUACUGAUGAUAGAACAGGUACUGGGUUCAAUAUGUUGUACUUUGUGAUAGGUAAAGCUGUUGUGUAUGUCUGAGUGAUGUCACAUGUAUGAAUGAAUAGUUCUGGUAAUAUAUGUAUGGCCUAGGAGUAAGAAUGUAUGCAUCUUUGUGUUGAAGCAAGGUCAGAAAUGGGGAGUUUAAAGUGAGAGAUGUUAUCAAUAUAAGCUAAUCACCACCGACAGUUGGAGUGUGGACUGAAGUCAAAUUCAAUUUAGUCAUCUUUUUAUGCAUGUGUAUUGAAUCGAAAGUUGAAUUUAAAUUGUACUUUAUUUAAAGUCAAUUAAGUUGUCAUAUUUAGGCCAAUGCUUAAUAUUUCCACUUUGACUGAUCUAAUUAUGAUCACCAUGUUUUCCAGUCUUUUACUCCAGGCACAAGUUUAUAUACUAAAUGACCAGUAUUUUAUAAACUCAACCAUAUUCAGUUGUUAUCAUUACAAAGUAUGCUGUUAGGAAGCCUUCUCAGUUCAUCAGUUCAGGGUUAUAUCUCGUACACAUUUUCAUCCUGUUAUUGUUGUCAUUUUGUCUCAAACUCACUAUGUUGUACACUCCAAACAAGUGAACAAGUCACACAACUGUCAAGUGGAUUAUUUUGUUUUUCUGUCAUUCAUGAAGGGAGAUACUUCAAUAUGUUAUUGAGUAAUCAUAUGUGCUAGUCUAGGUUAUUUGUUAUCUGUUUUCUGUUUAUUAUGUUAAAUGAGAAUUAAUUUGUCCAUUUUUUUUCCUUUUUUUUUCUUACUUUUAUUUUUGCACUCUCUUGUAAUCAUUAAGUACAUGUAUAUCUUUGACAUGUCUGCAGCUAAGUUAUAUUGUGUAAUCUUAGACAGCUUUUAGGGAAGUGUCAUGUAUUGUCUUACUACUAUGUUAUUCAUUGAAAACACCCAUGUUAAAUAUAAAGU